AUGAGUGUCAGGCGAAAAAGGCUAAGUGGAGCAGGUUACCGAAAAAAUGCAAAAAUUAGGGGUGAAAAACAAGCCAGGGAGCUUGAACAGACAGGAAAAAUUGAACUAUUUUUCGCGAAACCUGUGGCUUCUUCUAAUACUGAGCAGGGUGAGGAGGUAGGUGAAGAUUUAACUGCUGACAUCUGUGAAACUGAUGUUGCUACAUGCAGUUAUGAUACUUCACUAGCUACCAGUAGUACUAGUAUUGCCAGAGAAACUGAGACUUCUGAAUCAGGUCCUUCGAGUUCAGUAGAAUUUGAUGAUCUUGUUGUAUAA